CUUGUUGACGACGACGUAAGGAUUUACUGUUUACGUUUACGUUUACUGCAUCACUGAAAGUUUAUUUUAUUAGCAAUAUGGUACUAUUCUAAAUAAAACGUAAACAAUAUAGUCAUAAGAGUAUCGAUUCUCAUACUGGUGUGGAAAUUGUUUCAUUUAGAACUUAAGCCUAGGAUUAAUCUUCUUGAAGUAUAAAACAACAUUUAAAACUUGCUAAGCUGCUAGUUUGUAUUUCGUUCUAAGAACAUUGUCUUUGUAAGGAAACUAAGCAUAACUUAUCUCCUUUGGCUGUAAAAACAGGGGGUUUCUUACUAUAUUUCAAACCUUAUAGCUAACUUCAAGUAUUUAAAAUUGAGGUUUGCUUGUAAAUUUAGGCCCGUAUAGUAACUAAUUGAAGCAUUUAAUCACAAUGUCGUCUACCUGGGAAGAUGACAGUUUUCUGGACUUCAAAGAACUAGAAGACCAAUUAUCACAAUUUGUCGAUAAAAGUGAAAUUGAUGAAAUGCUUAGAAUACAGUUAGAAGAAGUGGAGAUGUUACAGUCAAUGUUCUCAAAUCCAGGAGAAUUUGAAAUUUAUGACCACAGUGUCAUUGCAGACAUCAAUGAAUUUGUUGAAGGUAAAAAUAACAGCCUCCCUCCUAGGUUAGAUUUUACCAUCCAUCUAGUUAUUGAUGAAAAGAAGCUUGAAGUUUGUGUUAAUUUACCACUUAACUAUCCAGCUGAUGAACCAGACAUUUUUGUACGCAGUGACUCGUUAUCAAGAACACAACAACACGAAUUAAACAGUGAUCUUGCUAAACAUAUAUGCUCCCUUACUAAAGGUGAGAUAAGUAUUUAUCCUACAGUGGCCUGGCUGCAAGAAAAUGCAGGUUCUUAUUUUAUUUCAAAGAACAGAGUUCCUAAAGGAAGCCACCCCGUAACGAGGAACACAGAUGUCUGUGACCACUUCACGAGGUAUUGGAUAUAUUCCCAUCAUAUUUACAGUAAAAUUAAAAGAAGAUGCAUAAUGGACCUGGCUCAAGAGUAUAGCAUCACUGGAUUUGUUUUGCCUGGUAGGCCUGGAAUUAUUUGUGCUGAAGGAUGGGAAUCUGAUUGCAGUGAUUGGUGGCAGAGGAUUCGUUGCAUGAACUGGAAAAAGAUUAUGUGUAAAAAGAAAGAAGAAGAAAAUAUAUCCAAGGAUUUCAACAUGGACGCACUUCGUAAAUUUACAGGUUUCAAGGAGAUAUCUUUUGAAGGAGGAAAAUCAAAGUCUCGGGAGAGUCACAUGAACAUGGGUGAAUUCUAUAAGUAUCUUUCAGAUCAUGAAUGUAGUUAUGUGUUCAAAGAAUAUUUUGGAGUGGAAGGCAAAGUUAGUGGCUCAGAUAAAUGACUUAAACUGACAAAACUUGACAAUGAUAUUGAACAUUGAUUGGCCAUAUUUUUGAUACAUGAACUUUUACAACACAAAACCUACAUGGUUUACUACUCUAAUUCUGUCCCUUGCGUUGUAGUACUACGAUUAAUUUAGUAGUACUGGCGAUGGCCGGAGGCCAUCAGUAAUCAAAUUAACUGCUUCAGACAGAAUUAAUUGUUAGUUAAGUAUUUUUAAUAAAUCAUAUAAAAAAAAAUAGAAUCAUCCUUUUACAAUUUCCCUCCAAAUUUUCUUAAGGAUUUAUAACCGAAUAUAACGUCUAAAAUCAUUUCUAUUUUACCUGAUAGUUUGUUCAAGUCAAUGUCAGGAUAACUUCUCUUGUUAAUCACAUGAUUUUCUGACCCAAUUCUAAAAGUUCGUCUCACUUCAUUUACAUAAUUGUUGAUAAAAUUGUUUACCUCAACUUCUCUGGCAUCCUCUGAAAUUCAAUAAGAUAGAUCAUUCACUGUCAUAAUUUGUGCUAUAAAAUGUAUAUGCUUAUUCAUGAUUGAUAUUUAUACAUUUAGUUCCUGUACAUAUAAAACUUGUUUGUUAUUUUUUAUAUCGAUUAAAUACAAUUCUUACAAUUAA